AUGGCGGCUGACGACACGACGGCGAAUGCGGGGCACGGGAAGGACGGCUACGAGAAUGGCGAUUGGCAGAGCGGACCGCUUGGAAUCCAGCAUCGCGAUCCUCAUGACUUCUUCCAUCACCAUCCGCGACGCUCCUCGCGACGGCCAUCGUCUUCCCGUCGGAGAUCUUCUAUCGUCCUCCUCCCGCGCCAGACGACCGAUGUCUAUGCUGGGGGCAGACAUUUUGGGAGAUUCCACCUGCGGGAAUGGGACGAUGACGAUGAGCAGGAUUGGUGGUUCGCGAGCACGGCGAUCCCCCUGCUCGCUGCCACCAUCGGCCCUCUGGCGAAUGUGCUGAGCAUUGCGGCGCUGGUGACCAGUUGGAGGAUGUGUCUCGUCUCCGACGUCUCCUCAUCCGCCGAGGCCAAGGCGUGCGAUUGGAAUGGCGAUACCAACGCACUGGCACCGCAAUUGAUGGGCCAUGAUUUUGCCGAUCCGAGAUGGUGUUACUGGCUCAAUGUCGUGAGCCUCAUCGUGGGCUUCAUCGGGAACUUCUUCCUGCUCUGCAACUUUACCAAUCGGAUCCGAUACAUCAUCGCGUUGCCCGUCACCAUUCUGUGCUGGUAUCUGGCUACGGGAAUCCUGAUUGGCAUCAUGGCGUCCAUGCAGAUCUACGUCCCUCCGAUGCGGCCCCAGCAGACCUACACCCAAGGGUUCUGGUAUGCUGUCAUUGCGGCGUGCAUGUACAUGAUCUGUGCCAUGCUGCUGAUGGUCAACAUGCUCGGCUACUUUCUCGGCCACUACCCGCAGCACUUCACUCUGACCGAAUCGCAGAGGACUUUGAUUCUGCAGACCAUGCUCUUCUUCGUCUGGCUGGCGGGAGGAGCCGCGGUCUUUUCACGAGUCGAGCAGACCUACGGCGAUGGACAGGAAGGCUGGGCAUACGUUGACGCCCUCUACUUCUGCGACGUGACGAUCCUGACGGUGGGCUUCGGCGACCUGGCACCUACCAGUAACGUGGGCAGAGGGAUCGUGUUUCCGUAUUCCGUGGGAGGCAUCAUCAUGCUUGGAUUGAUGGUCUCCAGCAUCGCCAAAUUCGCCCUGGAGCUGGGAUCGGAGAAGAUUGUGCGGAGACACGUGGAAAGGUCCCGGGCGAGGACCGUGGGGAGGACGGUGACUUCUUCGAUGGAGUUGGAGGAACGUCAUCGCAAGGCAGUUCUGAGCGGAGGCGAACGGCCGGUCAUUUCGGCGCCAUUCGAUCCGGUGGAUCGAUCCAAGAAGAGGAUCAUUGGGUUUACUGACGAUGCGGAUGUCGCGAAUCGCCCGGACACGCGGCGUCGUACGACGGGACCCGUCAAUACGCUGCAGAUGGUUGGAUCGAUGGUCUUGCAUCCUCAACGCCGAGCUGGCAGUCGAAAGCCCAAGCUCAUCUUGCUGAAAGAGGAGCGGGAUCGGUUCAAUGCCAUGCGUAACAUCCAGAACAACACUCGCCGUUUCAAGAACUGGUAUGCGUUGUGUCUGUCCGUCACGGCAUUCGGCAUCCUCUGGGCCGUCGGUGCCGUGGUCUUCUGGCAAUGUGAGAAGAACACGCAGGGCAUGACUUACUUUCAAGCUCUCUAUCUCUGCUACGUCUCGCUGCUCACGAUCGGAUACGGAGACUUGGCCCCGAAGAGCAAUGCCGGCCGGCCCUUCUUCGUCUCCUGGAGUCUGAUCGCCGUGCCUACCAUGACAAUCCUGGUGGGAGAUCUGGGCGAAACGGUCAUCAACAAGUUCAAAUCGGGAACCAGCAGGCUUUCGGACUUCACCGUGCUACCCCAGAAGGGCGCCUAUCGCCAAUUCCUCAACCAAUUCCCUUCCCUCGUCGGUUACCUCCAACAGCGCAAAGACCGCAAAGAGCACGAGAAGCGUCUGGAAUCGGGCUUCCCCCUGGGCCCGGAUCCGGACGAAGGCAACGAGCCGCCCACCAUCGACGAGCUGGCCCAGGAAGAGCCCUCUUACCAAGACCUCGCCCGCAAACUCACGAAAGUGAUCCGGCGCACGGCGAAUGACGUCAAAGAUAACGCGAAGAAGAAGUACAGCUAUGAGGAAUGGGUAGAAUUUACGCAGUUAAUACGCUUCACGGCGAAGGAUGGUGGGAAGGCGGAUGGCGAAGACGAAGAGGAAGAGGAGGGGGAGGGGAUGGUGGAAUGGGAUUGGAUUGGAGAGGAUAGCCCGAUGAUGGCGGGGAUCGGCGAGGCGGAGUUUGUGCUCGAGAGGCUCUGCGAGAGUAUGUCGAGGUUUGUCCGGAGGGCCGAAAGGGCCAUGGGGGACGAUGGGGGAGAUGCGGCGAAGAAGAGGAGGGAGAGUGAAGAUUUGGGUCCCAGGGGUGAGAAGGUGGAGCAGGCAGCAGUCGCUGCAGGAAGGACGAGAGUGAUUCUGGCUGAGGCCCGGCCCUGGAUGACUUCCUCUUUCUCGGCUCCUUGAAAUCCGUCAGCCAUUCGGAGUGGCUUCGACGAGAUUCACCGUCUUUCUGGGAUAUACGGUAGGUUUCAUUCCCAGCACGAAAAGCGACUCAUAUGCCUUGCCUUCCCAUCACCUCCGCAGCGCAGCAAGACCCACAUCAGCAAUUCCGACCUUGCCUCAGUCUACCAUAGGCCUCGGCCAGGCCCGGUGCAGAGUCACACACCUACUAUGCCGCCCCGGCUGUCAACCACAACUCCAAGCUCACCGAGGACGAGGAGUCGUACGAAUUCCCGGCCAAAUCUUACAAUCCGAACCCGGCUAGCUAUGCCCGCACUGGAUCCCGACAGGAACCAGGCUCGGGACAUAUGACGGGCAUGGAGGUAAAAGAAGAGAUGAUCAAGAUUUACUCCCACGAAAAAUUGCAGAUGGCGCGUAAGUCCCGAGCCAGCAUCCUUUCCAAUUUGUGCAAAGGCUGACAAGCUCUUGAUCAGAAUCUGAUGGAGGGGAUCCUCUUUCAAUCAUACGGCUGCGCAUUGCCGGUUUGAAGAAGAAGAAGUAA